AUGAUAAAUAAUCAUAAUCAACAUUUAUUAUUUAUGAAUACAAUGAUGCCAUCCAUGACAGCUCAAUCAUCUCAACAACAACAACAACAGCAACAACAAGAAAAUCAAUAUGAUCGUUCUUCAAUUAAUAGUCAACAAUGUUUAGCUGAUAAAAUUCAAGCUGUACUAUCAAAUUAUAAUCAACAACAAAAUUCAUCUAUGGUUGAUCCAACUGUAAGUAAUCAUAUGAAUACAAAUUAUCAACAAGCAACACAUGGUUUUAUUCAAUUUCAAUAA